CACAGUGCAGCACUGUCAACGAUAUACCUACAAUAUCGAGUUGUUUCUUACCACAGGUCUGGUAGGGUCCACAAAUACAAAUUAGGCAAAGGAUUAAUUUGAUCGAAAAAUCACAAGGACGUAAAGGAUCAAAGAUCCCCCCUACACAGAGGACAUCUACCUUGUUUUGUUUUUGUGGUCUACUCUGCAUCAGCAGCCAUGGUUCUGGAGGACGAGUGUGACUCUGUCUUUGAGCCUCAAAUCACUGAGGAGUAUGUGGAUACUCUGUUUGGCAAAGUCCACUGCAUCAUGAAUGGGACUCCGAGGGUUAACCGCCCCGUCAUCCUGACCUUUCACGACGUGGGACUGAACCACAAAACCUGUUUCGAGACUCUGUUCAACCACGAGGACAUGCAGGAAAUCAUCAAACAUAUACCUGUUUGUCACGUUGAAGCACCCGGACAACAUGAGGGAGCCAAAACUCUCCCCACUGCGUAUACCUACCCCACCAUGGACCAGCUGUCUGAAGCACUGCCUGCUGUCCUCAAACACUUUGGGUUGCGUAGCGUGAUUGCACUGGGAGUCGGAGCAGGAGCCUACAUCCUGGCGAAAUUCGCUCUAAAUCAUCCUGAUCAGGUGGAUGGAUUAGUUCUGAUCAACAUCAACCCCAACGCUGAAGGACUAAUUGAUUCAGUUGCAAACAAGAUCACUGAAUGGACCCACACUCUUCCAGACACUGUCAUCGCACACUUGUUUGGAAAGGAGGAGAUCCAGACCAACCAUGACCUCAUUGCUACGUUCCGUCACCACAUCACGACAACAAUGAACCAGUCCAACGUGAGUCAGUUCUUCCACUCCUACAACAGCCGCGGCGCUCUGGAGGUCGAGAGGCCCGUUCCUGAGGAGAACAUCAAUUUCAGGACACUCAAGUGUUCCACUCUGCUGGUCGUAGGAGAUAAUUCUCCAGCUGUGGAGGCUGUGGUUGACUGCAACUCUAAACUCAACCCCACCAAGACCACACUGCUCAAGAUGGCCGACUGUGGGGGACUUCCUCAGGUGGAUCAGCCAGCCAAAGUGACUGAAGCCUUCAAAUAUUUCAUCCAGGGCAUGGGAUACAUGUCCAGUGCCGGUAUGACCAGACUUCGCUCACGGACAACCUCCAGCUCCAGCAUCUCGUCCUUCGAUGGCUCUCGGAGCCGCUCACACACCAACGACUUGCAGCGGGGCCGAACGCACUCACAAAGCACAGAGGAGAAGCGCGGGCGCUCACAAACCGACGUCUCCACGGAGAGUUUUAGAAAUAUGGGACAGAGCAUCUCCAAGACCACUGAAGUGGCAUGCUAGAGCGCACAUGCCCAAAAUCCCAUUCACUUAAUUUAUACCUCAUUAUAUUUCCCCGGCUUCAACCUUCAUUCUGUCUUCCUACCGCUCAUCAUUCGGUAAUGCCCUUAACUGCACUAUCUCUAGCUGAAAGGUCACAGGUCAUACCUCCAUCCCAUUGUCUGUACCAUUCUGUAUCCAUUCAUCUUUUCCUUACCAACUCAGCCUUCUGCUCUCUCUAACCUGCCCUGAGUGUUAUAUUCCAUGCCUCUUUAUCUGUGCUCUUCUUAACUUUGUCUUUUCCUCCCUUCACCUGCGCAUGUCCUUUCUCCCCUUUGAUUCAUUCUGUAGAUAUUUUAAUUAAUGCACACUUUAUGUGAAAAACAUGAAAGCUGAAAUAUAUUAUUUAAAAAUGGAGUCCUUAAGCUAAAUCAUAGGUGCACUUGUGUACAAUGAGUAUAAUAAUAUGCAAAGAUAACAUAUCUGCUAGUGUGAAAACUUUGUAUUCAUAACUGUUGGGAUAUGUAUUGAUUUUAUGCUACUUGGACAGCCGUGGAUCAUCAACUGUAGGGAUGUGUUAUGGAUAUAACAUCAACUAAACUCAAUGACUUCAUUCACAAAAUGGUUUAAACUUUGGGUGUUUAGUGAAAAAGAUGUGUUAUAUUCAAUUCAAAUUUUGAAACAGAUGUUAUGUAUACAUUUCUUGUGCUUUCAGUGAUUAAACACAUUUCUGAAAACAAAAAAAAGCUUGCAGCUAACCCUAACCCUAACCCUAACCCUAACCCUAACCCUAGGUUUAUUGUAGAUUGUAUUUCUGUAAUUAUUCCACUAGAUGGAGCUCUAUAACCUCCUCUGUUCUCUCUGAACAUCUGGGUCUAACGGGUCAGGUUAUGAAGCCAAAUAAGUGUUAAAAGCGUGUUUGUUAAUUCACAUCCCACUUAAGUUAUUUAACUAUUUUCCAAUAUUUAAAAUCCAUCUUAUCAUGGGGCAAGCCGAAAAUAACAGUACAAGGAUGAACCAUAAAAUUUGAAUUUUUGGCAAAUCAUUCCAAAAUGACUACAGCACUAUUCAUGUCAAUGAAGCCAAUAACAUUCAAGUAGCCCAGCAUCGCUUCUAACCAAUUCAGUCAUACAAAUAUAUGAGUGAUACACAAUAUCAGCUCUCCACCCACAGAAUACUGUGAUGUUUUACUGCAUUGAGUAUGACUGAGUAGAGGAAAGGCUUGUGAUCUGCAACAUGGCUCAAGGUUGAUUUACUCUUUCCUUUCACUCCGGUGGUGUUUAAUAAUAAAGAACAGAAUAAAUGUA